AUGCAGCGUAGAGAGGCAGGCAUCUGCUUUGACUUUCAAAAAGGCAAAUGCAACAGUGGUGCACAUUGCCGUUUUUCUCAUGACCUCACAGUACGCAACACACCCAAAGGCCCCAGAGGAGAUGACGAUGCUGUCUCUCCUGAGCUCAAGAAAUGGAAGGACCAAGUUUUCCAACGAUCCUCGCUUGGCUUCGGCUUAGGAAACUUCCUCGGUCAAGCAUCGCGCCUGGUGCAGAUUGACGAUUCCUGCCGUCAAGAAGUCAUCAAGAGUCUCGCAACCGACCGCGGUCUAGAGAAGGUCCUCGAAAUCGUUAAUCAGGAUUUCGCACGAAUGUCAGACAAGGCUCUGAUGCACACUUUCGACACCCGCGUUGUUCCCUUCUUCUGUGUGCUUUCCGAUGAACGCGUCAUGUCCUCACCUCUUCUCGAGCGCCACCUUGGCGAGAUCUGCCAGUACAUCUAUGGCGUUGGAGGUAGCAGGAGCGAGCUCUUGUUCGCCGCAGUCGUUCGUGCCCUCAGCACAUUGUCGGCCAGAUCCGACCUCAAGUUUUUCACCUCGCUCAAAGCAACUCUUGCGGUGCUUAUGAAAGGUGUAGAGUUUAACAGCACGGCAAAGGUCACUCCAUGUUUUUCAACAUAUGCAACCACCCUGGCGGCCAUGCUGGCGCCUCAAUCUGAUCCAGAUGCAGAUGCGCUUCGCUACCAGGCCACAAAGCAUCUAGACAGCAUCAACAAGCGUUUAGGAAUCGGUGCAGCCAUUCCCAACAUGGACUCAGUCAUCCAAGACAAAGGCAUGGCAUCGAGGCCAGUUUUCUCUCUCACACGAAGUCUUCCUGGAAGACUUGCUAAUGGACGACCUCGCCAUAACAACGACUUCGAUUCGAUUCACGACAUCCAGAUUAUGCCAACUUCAGAGGAGAUCCAAAGUACUCACGCAGAGUACCUUCCCUCACAAGACCCUUCCACCUGGCACAUGAGAGGUGUUGAAGGCCUUCUUGAUCGCCAUUCCAGAUUGCUACGCGAAGAUACUAUCGGCCAGCUGCGUGACAGCGCUUGUGUCGAGCUUGAAGCUCUCCAAGGAAUGGAACCUCGGCACGGCGAGUCAACACUUCGAAAACACACCUACCGAAACGUCCUUGUCGAAUUGCCUAAGUUCGACUCCCUCAGAGGCUUGGGGUUUGUCAUCAGCUUUGAUCAGCCACCGGAGCUCAGAUCAAAGUCAAAGAAGCAACGUCAGGACUGGUGGGCACAUUCAAAGAGAUUGGACGGCGAUGCUCUCAUUUGUCUCAUCAGCUCCACUCAGGUGUUCGUCUUCUGCAGCAUUUGCUUUCCACACGACCCAUGGAAGAGAUCUGGAAAAGACAAGGCAAAAGGCCCUGACCCACACCAAAACAUUGUUUCACACGCCGACGACCGCAUUCGUGUAAUCGCACGCCCUAGUGAGAUGAAUGCAGAAAGCGUGGCAAACAUUCUUGGUAUGUCCCUCGAGCCCAAGGAAUUUCAAGGUGGUCGUUCGUUGGUCGAGUUUCCUGGAGUACUCCUCCCUGCAUUCAUGCCCACUUUGACCGCACUGAAGACCAUCUUUAAGAGUGGUGAAUUACCAUUCUCAGACUUCCUUGCUCCUUCACAAGGUAGUGGAGAAGAGACUGCCGUCAUUCCACCUCCGACUUACACACAGAGAGCUGGAUUUCGCUUCAACUUGAGAAGCGUGGUUCAGAGCGGAGACUUUUCGUUUGAUCCAUCAAGUCUCAAACAAUCAGACAUCAAGGACCUACAAGAAGCGUCUACUCUGGACGAGACGCAAGCCUCUGCACUACUCAACUCGCUCUCAAGGUCGUUCGCACUGAUUCAGGGACCUCCUGGCACGGGCAAAAGUUAUACCGGUGUUGCCUUGAUGAAGACUCUGGUGAGCAACAAGAAAGCAGCUAAGCUCGGUCCUAUCUUGGUCGUCACUUUCACGAACCACGCUCUAGACCAGUCUCUUGAACAUCUACUCGAUCAGGGCAUCGGCCAGAUUGUCAGAAUAGGCGGCAACUCAAGAUCGGAGCGGUUAGCCAGUGUCAAUCUGAAAAUCGUUGCGGCAAAGGUUGAGCGGACAAGGGCCGAGAACUCCGAAUAUGGAAGAACGAGGAGUCAUAUGGACGAAGAUACAAAAGCCAUCGUGCAAUGUCUGGACGAUCUUAGACAAGAUACGAACAACAUCAAAGAGUAUCUGGCUCAAAGAAACCGCCACCACUAUGUUCAACUGUUUGGCGCCGAUCGUGACGAAGACGGAUGGCAGGCAGUGCAGCACGGCAAGAAAGGCCAACGUUACAAGAAAUGGCUGCGUGGAGGCAAACAUCUCAAAGGUAGCCGGGCGCUCAACAUGAUCGUCAAGACUACUAGUUUGUACGACCUCUCGAACAGCGAACGUGGCCUGUUGCAUGACUACUGGCUUCGUAUGGCUCAGAAGCCGAUCCUGAGUUCUCUUGUUGACAAUGUCGAGGAUUUUACCUUGGGACUUGACGCCAUCAAGAACGAAACCGACCUUCGUGCAUUGAGCGAAGCAAAUGUCAUUGGAGUCACUACUUCUGGGCUUGCUCGCAACCUGGAAUUACUGCGCAAGCUUCCUUCAAAGAUACUUUUGUGCGAAGAGGCUGGCGAAGUGCUUGAAGCUCAUCUACUAACUGCUUUACUGCCGUCCAUUGAACACGCAAUCCUCAUCGGCGAUCACCUGCAGUUGCGUCCACAUGUCUCAUGCUAUGGACUCUCGCAAGAAAGUGUCAGAGGUCAGCAAUAUGCCCUUGAUACUUCUCUGUUCGAAAGACUGGUUACUGCGACUGCUGGAGGUGUCCGUCUUCCCUUCAGUCGUCUGGACACCCAGAGGCGUAUGCACCCCGAGAUCGCCGAGUUGGUUCGCAGCACUCUGUAUCCUGAACUUGCUGAUGCGCCGUCGACCCUAGAGCACCCUCAGGUCGCGGGGUUGAAGAAGCGAUUGUUCUGGCUCGAUCAUCAACAACCCGAAACACACAACGAUGUGCAUUCUACUUCACAUUCCAACGAUUACGAAGUGGAAAUGACGACUGCCCUUGUAUCUCACCUGAUCAAGCAAGGAGUAUACAAGUCUGGGUCAAUCGCUGUUCUCACUCCAUAUGUCGGUCAACUCAAGAAGCUGCAGCAUCGUAUGCAGAGUGCUUUUGAGGUUGUACUAGAUGACCGCGACAUCAAGGUCUUGGAAGAUGCAGGUCUGGAUGAUGCCGCGCAAUCAAGAGCACCACCUGCGCCAGGUGUUCAGAAAGGUUCGAUGGCCUCAGCUGUUCGUCUUGCUACGGUCGACAAUUUCCAAGGCGAAGAAGCUGAAGUCGUUGUGAUAUCACUCGUGAGAAGCAAUGAUCGGCACUCAUGUGGCUUUUUACGCACUUCGAAUCGCAUAAAUGUCCUUCUUUCUCGUGCUAAGAACGGUAUGUACAUUAUUGGUAACUGUUCAACGACUCAGCACGUUCCUAUGUGGACAAAAGUCCUUGAGCUUCUCCAGAUGAACGACUGCGUUGGGGAACUACUGGAAUUGGCGUGUGAGAGACACCCAGACGACAUCAUGCAAGUCACCGUACCUGAUGACUUUGUUCGACUCGCGCCCGAUGGUGGUUGCGCCCUUCCAUGCACUCAACGCCUGCUUUGCGGUCAUGCCUGCGACAGCUCAUGUCACUCACAAGUCCUUCACGAUGCUGUCAAAUGUCUUGAGCCGUGUCCUAGGCAAUUAGGAAACAACUCCUGCUCACAUUCAUGCCCUAACAAAUGCGGUGAGGUUUGCCCAUCAAAAUGUAUGGCAAUCGUCAAGGAUAUCACUGUUCAGCUACCUUGCGGUCACGUCGAGACAUCUCUUCCAUGCUGGCUUUACUAUAAACAAGAUCAGAUCGUUUGUCAUGAAACUGUCACCCGCACGGUUCCUGGAUGUGGACAUCAAGUUCAAGUCGAGUGCUGUCAGGAUGUGAACAGCGACAAGUACUUGUGCUUAGAAGAGUGCGGUGAGACACUGGUAUGUGGCCAUGUAUGCAAAAAGUUCUGCAAGGACUGCAAGAAGAGAGUCGAGUGCCGUAUCGUCGAAACUGGCCAUGGUUCUUGCCGUCAACCAUGCGGCCGCGACUUCCUGAACUGCUCUCACAGCUGCAAAGAGUCCUGCCAUGAUGGGUCUGACUGUGGUCUCUGCGACCAGCCAUGCGAAGUCAAGUGCGAGCAUUCUCGAUGCGGUCGCUCAUGCUCUGAGCCAUGCGCUCCAUGUGCCAACGAGAAGUGUUCUUCUUGCUGCCCUCACAGUGAGUGCAGUAUGCCCUGUGGAGCUCCAUGCGACUGGGUUCCCUGCUCUCAGCGGUGUACGGAUACUCUCAAGUACGGUCAUCAACGUCCAAGCGUCUGUGGUGCACCUUGUCCGGAAGUCCGUUUUUGUCAGGAGUGUGCUGAUGAAGAUACCAAGUCUCGCGUGGUGGACCUGAUCAUGAUGAGCCAGUACAGCGACAUUGAUUUGGACGAGGACCCUUGCAUCUUCCCAACCUGCGGUCACUUCUACACCAUCACGACAAUGGAUGGCCAUCUCAGUCUUGGCGACCAUUACGUUCUGGAUGCGAAUGGCAUGCCGACUGCUCUGAAAGCUCCUGAUGGUGGUCUUGACGUUGAUAAGACUCGGAUCAUCUGCCCGGACUGCCGCCGUUCUCUGCGCGAGAUCCCGAGAUAUGGCAGAGUUGUUCGUCGUGCUCUCCUCAUCCAGAGUACGCUAAAGUUUAUUACUCGGUCGAACAAAGACUAUGUCAUGUUCUAUGGACUCUUCAUCCAUGCACAGAAGAAUCUGCAGCAAACUCUGGCAGAGGCAGUGCCGACCCAAGCAAACCUCCAUCUGGCCGAGUCUCGAGACAAACAAAUUCACGUCAUCAGGAGUGGCAUGUCGAAACGUAGAUAUGGAGCCAUCGUCCAUCUAAGAAACCAGAUCGACAAUUUCAAGGGUCUUGUUGGCAGCAAGGAGCAACCAUUCAAGCGUGUACAGACACUGGUCCGCCACGCUCGUCUGAAUCAGCGUACCGCAGAAGACUUCACCUUCGACGAAAGCGUGAUUUUGCAGACUAGAUCAUACUCUCUGGCCACGUCGCUAUUGAUCCGUUGUGAUCUUACAAUCCUAUCGGAUGUCCUCGCCGUACGUUCAUCCAAAGACCUUCCUGUCGGUGUGACUACUACGGUAGACUUUGUCAAGAAUCGUGUAGACUGCGAAGCUCUAUUCAAGAUUGCUGAGGAGGGAAAGCACUAUCUUCAACAAGCCGAGGCUCUUAUCUUUUGGGCACAAUUCGCUGCUCUGGAAGUCUCAUGGCGCUUGAAAGACGACGCAGGAAGUAAUGUCAAUGCAACCAACGCUCUUCGCUCCCAAGCCAAACAACGCCUCGAACAAGCUCGCAUCUUUUGCGCCGAACAUUCUCAAGCUCGCACUGCCGCCCACGAGAUUGAAACAGUUGAAAAGAUGCUGCGCGAGAGCACCUUCUACAGCCCAGUCACCAACAAAGAGAUGGAGGAUGUGGUAAAUGCAAUGGCCCGUGAGUUCAGAGGCACCGGGCAUUGGUAUCGUUGCCGUAACGGUCAUCCGUUCACCGUAGGUGAGUGUGGUGGUCCCAUGGUCGAGUCGGUAUGUCCUCAGUGUGAUGAGCCAGUCGGUGGACGCAAUCAUCAAGCCGCUGAAGGUGUGACCAUUGCUAGGGAUCUGGAAACUGGCUUUAGCAACAUGAGAUUGUAG